AUGUUUGCACAAAACUUAAUUAAAAAAAUUAUAUCAGCUGCUAAAUUAGGUGAUGAUGAUUUAGCAACUAUUCAAAUACUUCCUUACCUAUUCAAACCAGUAAAUAUUAAAAUUCCAAAGAAGACUGCCAAUGAAGACAAUCAAAAAACAGUUAAAUAUUGUAUGCGGAAACCAUCAAAAUUAGAACAAGCUAGUGCUGUGAUAGUCAAUAUCACAAAUAGUAAUGACAUCAAGACAACCCAUGAACAAAAAGUGAAUAGAGCAUUUAUUAAUAAUUUAACUGUUCAACUAUAUAUCGCCAUCGUGGGGAAUAUUGAAGAUGCUAGUAGUGUAUUGAACUACUAUACUGUAAUUGACAAUAUUUAUUACAAACUCGAAACACCAAUUAAGGCCUUAAAUAUUUGUUUUAAAUCAUUCCAUGCAUUAAAUUUAAACUAUCCUCCAGAAGCUGAGCAGGUUUGA